UAAAAUAACAUUAUAAAUUCUUUGGCUACACGUUUUAUAUGAAUACUUAUUAUGCGAGUUCUGUGAUAUAAAAUUCCCAAUUCUUUAAUCGUAACAAGGAGGUUUCAUAUUAUUCAGAUGCUUUUCAAUUGCAAUCUCACAUAUUAAUAGUGACCACAACUGCCAAUUCAGUGCAUACCAGACCUCAACCAGACAUGAAACCACUCUUUCUAUACCUAUUACUCGCUAUCUAUUCAUUCAAUGGAUGCACUGCUCAGCGGAAAGAGUUUAAGGACGGCGUACGGGGAACGGGAUGUCUCAUCACAAUCACACCUAAACUCACCAGAGAUUGUUUGGACGCCUUUGACCAGGAGCUGGACCGCAGACCCAAAGAUGAAAGGGAUCAGAAGGCCCUGUGUUGCGCGUAUUUGUCCCUCCAGUCGUGUGUACUGAAGCUGUCGGAGAAGGAGUGCGGAGAAGAGGGAGAACCGGUGGCCAAGAGUUUCCUCAAAGCCAUCAACUCCGGCAUCACUUCCGACGACUGCGUUGACUACGGACUCAUGACAUGCAUUCAAUUUUCCGAUUUAUUUACGAUCGCACAGAACUCUACCACCACAUCCACCCAACUGUCCACUUAUGUCAUACUAUUGAUAAGCAAUUUUAUUAGUAUUUUUCUCGGGUUGUUAACUCAUUUUUAAAUGCCUUUUUGCUUGGCUUUUAAUGCCAUUAUAUUUUUUAUAAUAUUAGUGAAUGUUAGUCGAUUGUACAGUACAAUUUAUAAUCAUACACUGUAUUCGGUAUUAGUGAAUUGCCUUGGUCAACAAUGCCAAACAUUGCCAAAUUUACUAUAUGGACCUUGCUUAAUAUGAUCAGUCAUUUGAUGACUAGUGCCUUAUUACCGUAAUUGACAUUUAUUAAUUAACACUAUGCUUACACUGUAUAUCACAUAGUAUGCAUUAUUUGAACGUCUAUGAUGAAUUGACUCUAAAC